AGAGAGGGGGAGAGAGAGGAGCUUCCGUCUCUCAGCACCGGAGACCAGAACCGCGUCUCCUGCUGCCGAGUCCCGUCUGUCCGGUUCGGCUCCGCUCGGCUCGGCUCGGCUCAGAGCGGAUUCACCGUCCUGCUGUUGCGGUUCCUCUCCGCGUCUCUCCUCUGCGCUGCGGCUGCUCGGUGCGGGCACCGAGAGGAGGAUGCCUGCGGCGGACCGGACGGAGCUCCGAGUCCCGGUGCGGAGCGGCGGAUCGCGCUGACUUGUUGCUGAGAGAAACCGGAGAAAAAGCGGCGGAGAAGCUGGAUUUACCGGGAUUACCGGACAGGAGCGGAGCUGACGGAGAGUUUCUGUUUGUUUUCCUGUUUCCAAACUGACCGGGAGGACCACCGGGAGGGUUUCUGCGGCGGCUCUCUGCGGCUUUUACGCGUCACUUUUGUGCGUAAAAUCCGCUUCUUGGAUUUCGCGGCUCUUCUUCCAUCUGUUGCCGGUGGAGGCUCUCCCUCCCUGGAUGUCCUCCAGCGGCUCCGCGGCUCCGUGAUCCCCCGGUACCGAGCCUCAGCAUGGCGGCGGGAGUGGCGGCGUGGCUGCCGUUCGCCCGGGCUGCGGCCAUCGGCUGGAUGCCGGUCGCCACGGCGCCGAUGCCGGUUCCCCCGCAGGAGAAGCGGCGCGGGAAGGACGGACUGAUCGUGCUGAACGUGAGCGGCACAAAGUUCCAGACGUGGCGGGACACGCUGGAGCGCUACCCGGACACCCUGCUGGGCAGCACCGAGCGGGACUUCUUCUUCCACGAGGACAGCAACGAGUACUUCUUCGACCGCGACCCGGACAUCUUCCGCCACAUCCUCAACUUCUACCGCACCGGGAAGCUGCACUACCCGCGCCAGGAGUGCAUCUCCGCCUACGACGAGGAGCUGUCGUUCUUCGGCAUCAUCCCGGAGAUCAUCGGGGACUGCUGUUACGAGGAGUACAAGGACCGGCGGCGGGAGAACCAGGAGCGGAUCCAGGACGACGAGGAGGCCGACCCCGGAAACGAGCUGGUGUCCGCGGACCUCAGCUUCCGGGAGUCCAUGUGGCGCGCCUUCGAGAACCCGCACACCUCCACCAUGGCGCUGGUCUUCUACUACGUCACCGGCUUCUUCAUCGCCGUGUCCGUGCUCGCCAACGUGGCGGAGACGGUGCCGUGCGGUUCCGUGCCGAACCGGGCUAAGGAGAUGUCGUGCGGGGAGCGUUACGCGCUGGCCUUCUUCUGCCUGGACACGGCGUGCGUCAUGAUCUUCACAGUGGAGUACCUACUGCGCCUGCUCGCCGCGCCGAGCCGCUACCGGUUCGUGAAGAGCGUGAUGAGCAUCAUCGACGUGGUGGCCAUCAUGCCCUACUACAUCGGCCUCGUCAUGACCGACAACGAGGACGUCAGCGGCGCCUUCGUCACACUGCGCGUCUUCCGCGUCUUCCGGAUUUUCAAGUUCUCGCGACACUCUGCGGGACUUCGCAUCCUGGGCUACACGCUGAAGAGCUGCGCCUCAGAGCUGGGCUUCCUGCUCUUCUCCCUCACCAUGGCCAUCAUCAUCUUUGCCACCGUCAUGUUCUACGCCGAGAAGGGAUCCAGCGCCAGCAAGUUCACAAGCAUCCCAGCAGCCUUCUGGUACACCAUCGUCACCAUGACGACGCUAGGGUACGGCGACAUGGUUCCAAAGACCAUCAUGGGGAAGAUCUUCGGUUCCAUCUGUUCUCUGAGCGGGGUUCUGGUCAUCGCCCUGCCGGUUCCCGUCAUCGUCUCCAACUUCAGCCGUAUCUACCACCAGAGCCAGCGGGCCGAGAAGAGGCGAGCCCAAAAGAAAACCCGGCUCGCUAGAAUUCGCGCGGUGAAGAGCGGAGGAGCUAAAGCUUAUUUGCAGUACAAACGCAGCCGGCUGCUGAUUGGCCCAGACCAGGAGGCAUCCAAAGAAGCCGGACAGGCGCUGGUGUGUAAAACCAACCCCAACUUUGAGGUUCAUCAUCAUCACCUGCUGCACUGUCUGGAGAAAACCACGAACCACGAGUUUCUGGACGAGAAGACGUUUGAGACGAGCCUCAGGGAGGUGACUCUGGUGAAGCAGGUGUCUCGAUCUUCAUCCAUCUCCUCGGCCUCGUCGCCUCACGGCUUCACCUCCUGCUGCUCCCGCCGGAAGAGGAAGACCUUCAACGUACCGAACUCCAACAUGUCAGUGGGUCUCCAGGGCAGCAUCCAGGAGCUGAGCACCAUCCAGAUCAGGGAGCGACCGCUCACUAACAGUCGUUCCAGCCGAUCCAGCCUGAACGCCAAAUUCGAGGAGACGGUUCCUCUGAACUGCGAGCAGCCGUACAUCACCGCCGCCGUCAUCAGCAUGCCCACGCCACCCGGCACCACGCCCGAAGGUGACGACUCCGCCAGCUCCACUGACUACUCCCAGGCCAACAUCGUCCGAGUGUCAGCGCUCUAGAACCUCCCAACUCUUCCCAACCCGCCACUGGCCCGGCUGGUCGGCGUCGCAGAGGACGGUUUGGUAGCGACGUCACGUUGACGAUGGAGGUUAGCUUAAAGACCUCUGGUGGAGGGACGGGUCCUCUGGUGCACUCUAGACUCACCUGGAUUCAAUUAUUUUCUGUGUUUUCUUCCGUGAAGGAUUUUCACUUGAAGGAGGAAGGAAACGAUGAAACUGUAACUCAUUGCUGUUUUUUCACUCCUUUGAAUCUGAUUUCCUGAAACACAAAGACAGCUCGACUUCCUCUGGGUCCAGGUUUAAAGGAUCGUCUUAAGACUUGUUUAGCACAAAGAUGGAAGCAGGAGGAAACUCCAAGUCGGUCCGAUGUCGUAUCUUCUCGGCUAACGCGGGGCUAGCUGACUGGAACCAGGGUUUAAAUGGAUUUGUGUCUUUAUUGAGCUCCAGACCUUCAAGAUACGUCAUUUCACAAAACACCAAACAGGACGGAAAUGUUGGAAAGUCUUUAGCAUCUGCAGACAUUUUAAUCUUUUUCUUCAGGCUAACAGUCUUCCAGCAGCUCCUUAAACAACUUUUAUAUUUCUGUUUGUGUGAAAUAAAUCAGAUGUGAAGUCAGUCAGGAGAGUCUGGGAGUCGUUAGAUUUUGGGUUUAACUCGUCCUUUUCCACCUGCUUGUCGUCUUUGUGCUAAGCUAAGCUAAUGUGCUAAUGAUGAUAAUAAGUCAUCACACUUUGUAUUGCAGUCCUGGAAAACCAGAACGUGUUGAAGGUGGAACCUGUUUGACGAAUCAUAUCAAGUCUUCAUAUGGAGGUGAAAACAGGCAGCAGCUGUUGGUUUGUUUUAUCCCUUCAGGAAGUUUCCAGUCUUCUGAAUGAAUGAAGUGAGUUUUGUGAGAUUCUAUGCAAGAGCUGCACCAACUACUGAAAUGAAAAUGUUUCCUUGAAUAAAAAAAAAAUUACAUUCAGUCUGCUGGAGACACCAAAGUCAAGAUCUCCCUGUUUGUUGGGAGUUACUUUUAGUUUAGUUUUUUCAUAGCCAGACAACAUCAUAAGCAAUUAGAUUAAAAUAUAAAUAGCAGCAGAAACACAUUGCACAUUUAAAUUAGAUUUGUGGUAAACUUUCAGUGGAUUCCUGGCUAACUUAUAGCAAAGUGUUUUUUUAAUUCUAUUUUUUGCUUCAGAUUUGCUAAAAUGUCCACUGAUUUCAUAUUUGAGACACUAAUAAGGAUAUUUUUCUUGAUUUUACACCAAUUUAAAAACAAAUUCUGUCUACAUGACUGGAGUUUUAUGAAGUAUCUACUUCUUUACUUACUUUAUAAACGAUAUAUCAACUGAAGGGUUUGGAAGCAGAGUGGUCUGACCCACUUUCUGUAGUUUUAGCCAAAAAUAGAUUCAAAGCUUAGUGUUUUCCAGAAUGGUCUAACAUUCAAAGUGCCACUGUAACGCUGUAUUUUGGUUGUGGGUUAGAUCACUCUGACACUAAAAUCUAGACCAUAAAAAUAUUAGAUAAAUUGUCUAAAACUCAGAUGUUUUGUGGUUAGACCGCUCUGCUUCUAACCUCCUCAAAUACCAAAGAACAUUCUGUCACUUCAUUGUUUCUGCAGACUUUAAAUGCUCAUGUAGAGUAACAAUGAGGAGCAGCAGACCGUUCCACACAGUGUCAUUGUUGUGUCGAAUGCUCUGACUGUGUUAGUUUCUCAAACUCUCUGUUUUUUGCACAUGUAUUCAUACAAACUGGAGUUUCUAAAGGUGAUUUGUGUUGAUUGGACACCCAAACGUAAAUAUUCAACGUGGACGAGGCCUCAACGUCUUUAUAUUUCUGUCCAUCAGCUACUUUAUCCACUGAGAAAAUUAAUGUGGAGAUUCUGCAAAACCCACCAACUUGCCAGAAGUCACUGUAAGUUUGCCAGAAAUCUAAUUUGCAAAUGAAAACAUGAUCUUACUGUAAAUGUUCGGGACGUUGCCAAAAGAUAAAACAGAAGGGUUUGGAGGCAGAGUGGUCUGACCCACUUUCUGUAGUUUGUGAGAAAAAUGGGUUCAAAAUUUUAAGUUUUGAAGAAUGGUCUAACAUUCUCAGCACGACUGUAACACUACAUUUGAAGGUUAGACCACUCUGCCAUUGAAAUCCAGACCAUAAAAUAUUACAGAAAUUACAUAAAAGUCAUAUUUUUUGUGGGUUUGACCACUCUGCUUCUAACCACCUCAUCUGGCAUCUUUACAACCAGAGGGUUAUAGAGAGUUAAACAUGUUUGCAGACGAUGGUCAACGCUUGCAAACUAAUGUCUUUAAGUUUCAUCAGUUAAUUUUAAUAAUAAUGAGAUCUUUUUAUGCUUGACGGCAGUUGGAGGACUAAAGAAAAUUCUGGAUUUCUUUUCAUAUUAUAUUUUUAUUUUUUAUAUUCUUACAUUUCAUUUGGUUUGUGGGUGUGCUUAUUUUUUUAUUUGUUUACAUGCCGAUGAUGGUAUUUUAUAUAUUUUUAUUGUUUCAGCUGCAGUAAGAGAAGUCUUAUGAAGUCCGAUGUGGUUUUCCAGGACUGUGAUCUGAUGCUUCUGGAUGAGCUUUACUGUAUUUAAUCGAUUUCAGAGUGCAGGAUUUGUGUUUGCAGCUGGAGACGAGGAACCCAUUGAGCAUGCUCAGUAUCUGUGUGUUUGAGUGCAUGGACCCGUGUGUUUCUGCAUGAUCGUCCGGUUGGAGUUGGUCCAAGCGGUUCUGGUUCUGGUCCCGACUCUGUAAAUAUAGUUUUUUAGCUGAGCUUCCUCUCCGCUGUACAUAAACACACUGGAAUCGUGACAAACGUCGUUCACGAUAAAUCUUCGUUGUUGCACCGGAGCUGCUGUUCGUCUCGUCCUGCUUGCAGAUUUAUUUAAUGCACAUGUUGCCUGAUGAUUUGUUUCUUACUGUACUUUGAACCUCCAACAGUCUGUUGAGCAGAUGUUGUUUUAGACUAUUUUGUGGAUGUUUCAGGACCCUGACAUCUGGAACCACAGCUUCAAGUUCUAAAAUCGGGCAAAAAACAAGAAAUACCCCGACACCCAAGUGUCAAAGUUAGCAAAGAGUGUGUUUUUACUGCUGAAAAACGUGAAAAGUCAGUCGCUAAGUAAAUGGUCUGGUGUUGCUGCCUGCAUAUGUUGUUUUCCAGAUUAAUAAAUUAGCCAGGAGAAGCUAACAGAGUCCCUCAACUAUACUUUAGUAGUUUAACCAUUUAAGGUUUUAAAAAUGACUUAAUAUCUUCCCAAUGUAUCUCUGAGCAGCAGCUUGUCCUGUCAGAGAAUUUACAGGGUUAGCUAACAUUAGCACAGCAGCUAAAGGGAGAUGGUAGCUUCUGCAGGAUCAAUUAAGCAGAUAAAAUUAGCCUAGCUUAGUGUUUGUUUCUUUAAAAACAACACCACCUUUAAUAAUUUCACCUGUGUGCAGGUUAAAGAAGGUUGUUUUAUAUUGGCACAGCUAGCUUGUAGCAUGAGGCUAAUAGAAAGUCAGACGUGAAAGCUAGCAGAGAGUUAAAUAUCCUGUCUCUUUAAUCAUUAAAAGUGUAACUUAUAACAUAUAUGUACUGUCAAACUAAGCUAAACGUUUAAUUUUAAAUCAUUGAAUUAAAACUAUUCAGCGUCUUCACCACCGUAUCUUUGAGCAGUAGUUUGUUGCGUCAGAGUGUUUGAAUGUUAGCUAACCUCAGAUAAAGUGAGAUGGAAGCUUCAGCAGGAUCAGUUUAGCUGAUACAGUUAGUUUAGCUUAGUACUCAUUUGUCAAAAAAUAUUUCUUCUUUUUCUACAAGGGCAGGCUAGCUUGUUUUUAGCCUGAAGCUAGCAGAUAGCUCUCUGUCUCACAGGAAAAUCUGCCAAAGAGUAAAAACUUUAAUUCCUGAGAUUCUAUUUUUAAUAAUUUACUUUGUCUUUAUAUCUUAUAUAGCAGCAAUUUUUCCUGUCAGUCGGAUAGAUUAUAUGUUAGCUAAUCUGAGCAACAUUAGCGCAGCAGCUAAUGUGAGGUGGAAGCAGUUUAUCUUGCGUUGUCUGUAUAACAAUAGUGUGUCAUUACUACCUGAAACAGAGCUAUUAUUAAUAUAAAUCAAAACAAUUAACUAAAUAUUCUGGCUAGCUCUGACUAGCUAACUUCUAGCCUGAAGCUAACAGGAAGCUCAGACAACAGAAAAAAAUCAGACAGUAAGAAUCUGUCAGCUAUACUUUAAAUAUUUAAAAUCUUUGAAAAAAAAUCUCCUAUGUGCGCAGAAUAAUCAACAAGCUGUGUUGGUGUUUAAAGCUGUAUUUUAACUUUACACACAGUCAGGCUAGCUAGUUACUAGCUUGAUGCUAACAGACCAUACACACAAUUCAGACAACAGGUUGGUUGCUAUCAGCCAUAUUUCACACUGUUCAGUAAAUAGGAACAGCUGAUCAGUUAUAGGACCUAAAUGUUGUCUUAAAUUAGCAUUUCUAUUAAAACCUUUGUUUUUUUUAAAGUUAAUCUAAUGUGAUGCUUUAAAAUACGUAUAAAAGUUCAUGAUGGAAACAUGGCUAGUGGAUUUUUACAAGCUAAAGAGAGAAAUUUCCCUCAGAAGCUGGUGGAGACCAAAAACAGAGCUUAAAUUAAUCUCAAACACGUCACUUUUUCAGAUAAAGUUAAAAACCCACUUCAAGAUAACAGAUGAAAGUUUUCUUUUAGCUUUUCAGGUGGAUAAACUUCUUCCUUUAAAUGGAAAUUGUGAACUUAUGAGCACAAAAAUGAAACCAUGUGGACCGAAAAGUUGCUAGUGUAAGUGUGUUAUAACCCAGCAGAUGUAGAGUUUAGGUAUAAAACAUUCUCAAAAUCACUUUUACUAUUGGAAACAACAGCAACAUGCAACCAGCAACCAGCAACCUGCUACACUGAAAAACUCAAGUUUGGCCAAAGGUUUGAAUCGUGCAAUAAAGCAGUAAUGCUAAGUUUUUUUUAGAGAACUGCAUCCAAUUGUUCCACCAAAAUAAUUCCGAAGUCAACACCAUUGCUGCAUCCUGUUGGUAGCUCCGCCCACGAUGAUUGUGAUUGGUUUAAAUGGAUUACAAACUAGAUUAAGGUGCAGCAGCCCGUUCUAAACAGCAUUUUGUUUACGCUGGAAUGGUCUGACUAUGUAAAGCUAGCAACUCCUAACUUAAAAAAUCCAAAGAGAAUAUCAGCGUUUUCCUUAGAUUUCAUAAACUUAUGAAGAAAAAAAUUUAUGCAACUACAAAAUAUCCCAAAAGCGGGGCAUUAACUCCAUCUGCUGUCCACAAAGUAACAUUCUGUAAGUUGUUUUUUCAUCCAAACUGUAUUUCUGGACUCUGUAUUUGUGUGUGUGGUUUUAAAUACGUAGACAACACCUCACUAUUCACUGCAUCUUGGUGUUCUUCACUGUCAGGACUAGUCUUACACCGGAAUGUCGUCCAGUCCGGUGGACGUUUGCUCGAGUCUUAAGGGACUGGUUUGGAUCCAUUUUGAUACAGAGACGAUGUCAACUUUCUUAAAACUCAACGUUUCCUUCUUCUUCUUCUUCUUCUUCUUCUUCUUCUGGAGGAACUUUCAGGAUGAGGAUAUCUCAUGGACGUUUCCACGUUUGGAUUUUAACAAAGCGAAGCAAAGAGCACAGCGGAUCGUAUAAUCUCUGUUGGAAUUCAGCUUUUUUCCUGAAUGAACUUUAUCAGCUCUCGGGUUUUAUUUUGAAAACAGCUCAAUUUCUUUGUUUUGAUAAAGGUUUGGAGAGAAGAUGCUAACCCUGCUAGCCGCCCCUUCGUUUCCCACCACUGCUCGAUGAUAAUAUGCAACCGACCUGUUUUUAAUUUUUCUAAAGGAGCCUCUGCUUUGUAUUUAGAGACCUGAGGAGUAAAAAACAACAAAUAGAAACAUAUUUUUGAGGAUGCUGUUGUUGAUUUUUGGUUGUAAAAGAAAGGAUUCUUCUUCUUCUUCUUCUUCUAACUGUUCCUAGUGCACCCGUGCUGUAAUCGUUCUUUGGUGUAGUAAAAUGAGUUCUUAUUUUUCCAACGGUUUCCAUGAGGAUUGGUCGUGACGUACGUUGAGUUCAACAUUCCACACGCUAUUUUUCUAAAGCAUGCAUGCAGAGGGGGUAAAAUCAAAGAGGAUUAUUACUUUUGAUUUGUUACGGCUCGUGUUCUGUUGAUAAAAAUAUGAAUUAUUGAGGAUAAUAUUUAAAAAGAGAAGUGCAGUGUCCGAGUAAAUAGAAUAAAACAUUGUCCUAUUAAACCUCCAA